AUGUCGAAUAUGGUCGAUAUUAUUAUUAUUGUGAUUGUGUUGGUUAUGCUUUGGUGCCGCGGACGCUCAGGCAAGGCAGCAGUAGCAGACUAUGAAGAAGUGGUGCUGGAACAGCUAGCUGAUGUGACAAAUGAUGAACAAAACAGCAUGCAAACUUAUAUAGUUUGGGUUGAAAAGCCGGUCUCUCAGAAAUUUUCUCUGCAAUCGAAUGAAGAUUUAGAGAGCUGGUACCAGUCAUUCUUGCCUGAAAGUAUUGCAAGCUCAAACCAACAGAUGAACCAGCGAAUGGUUCAUUCAUACCGCAACAUAGCGACAGGUUUUGCUGCAAAACUGACACCCGAGGAAGUGAGAGAAAUGGUAACAAAAGAAGGGUUUGUCUCAGCUCGUCCACAAAGAAUUCUGCCGUUGCAGACUACUCAUACUCCUGACUUCUUGGGGUUGCACCAAGGGUCUGGACUUUGGGAAGCAGCAACUUACGGUAAAGGUGUAAUAAUUGGACUUUUAGAUACCGGGAUUGUACCAGAUCAUCCCUCGUUUAAUGACGAAGGAAUGCCCCCUCCUCCAGCAAAAUGGAAGGGCAAGUGCGAGUUCAAUGAGACAUUGUGCAAUAACAAGCUUAUUGGUGCAAGAAAUUUCAUAGGCGUAGGCAAAGGCCAACCAAAACGAAGAUUUCCAUUUGACAUAGCUGGUCAUGGAAGCCACACAUCUGGCACAGCUGCCGGAAGGUUCGUGGAAGGUGCAAGCGUGUAUGGGCAGGCCAAUGGCACAGCUGCUGGCAUGGCACCAUAUGCUCACUUGGCAAUGUACAAAGUCUGCGAAGGCUUUGGUUGUGCCGAUGCUGACAUUUUUGCUGCUCUAGACGUUGCUAUUGAUGAUGGAGUUGACGUGCUUUCCCUCUCACUUGGUGGCCCCUCACUUCCUUUCUAUGAUGAUGUAAUUGCAAUUGGUGCAUUUGCAGCAAUUCAAAAGGGAAUUUUUUUCAGCUGCGCAGGUGGAAAUUCGGGUCCUUGGAAUCGCACCUUAUCAAAUGAGGCGCCAUGGAUUCUCACAGUUGGAGCAAGCACCACCGACAGAAUAUUAACAUCUGGAUUGCAGAUUGGAGACGAAAAACAGUAUCAUUUUGACGGAAAAUCUUUGUCCCAGCCUGAAGAUUUUGAUUCAACAGUUUUGUUACCUCUCGUUGAUGCGAGCUCAUUUGGCAACCAAUCAUCUUUUUGCAAGGCAGGGUCUCUCGAAAAUGUUGAAGGGAAAAUAGUGUUGUGUGAGACAGGUGGAGGAGUAACAAAUAUUGCCAAAGGGGAAGAAGUGAAAAGAGCUGGUGGUGCAGCCAUGAUUCUUAUGAACAAAGAGAUUGAUGGAUUUAGCACCUUGGCUGAAGCUCACGUGCUACCAGCAACACAUGUGAGUUACGCUGCAGGGUUGCAAAUUAAAUUGUAUAUAAGUUCAACCUCAACACCUAAAGGUACAAUCUUGUUCAACGGCACUGUCAUCGGAGAUGCGCUUGCUCCCAAAGUUGCUUCCUUUUCAUCAAGAGGACCAAACAUUGCAAGCCCCGGAAUUUUGAAACCUGAUGUCAUUGGACCCGGUGUUAGCAUCCUAGCAGCAUGGCCUUAUAAUGUGGAUAAUGUCACACAUCCGAAUCCCAAGGCAUUAUUUAACAUCAUUUCGGGUACCUCAAUGGCCUGUCCUCACCUAAGUGGCAUUGCCGCCUUGCUCAAGAGCACCCACCCUGACUGGUCACCAGCUGCUAUUAAAUCAGCUAUCAUGACUACCGCUGAUGUAUUAAACCUCCUAGGCUCACCCAUCGUGGAUGAAAGUGGCCUUAAACCCGCCGACGUCUUUGCAAUUGGUGCAGGCCAUGUUAACCCUUCAAAGGCGAAUGACCCGGGGCUCAUCUUCGACUUAAAACCAGAGGAUUACAUUCCUUACUUGUGUGGUUUGAAUUACAAUGACACAGCGAUAAAGAUCAUCACCCAACAAGCAGUGAAAUGCUCCCAAGUUGGAGCCAUUCCAGAAGCACAGCUUAAUUAUCCUUCAUUUGCUAUUACAAUAGGCCCCAAUCAGACUCGGACUCAGUAUUAUACAAGGACUGUGAGGAAUGUCGGGCCAGCUACUUCAACCUACAAUUUGGAGCUUUUAGUACCACAUGAAAUGGGCAUGAGUGUGAAUCCUCAGGUGCUUACAUUCACAGAGGUUAACCAGGAGAUUACAUACAAUGUCGAGUUUAAUGCACAUGACGGCGCAGGGAAGGAUGGUGUACCAUUUAGUCAGGGAUACUUGAGAUGGUUUUCCGAUAAGCAUAAUGUUACUACCCCUAUAGCUGUGCUCUUUGACUCUUAA